GUGAUCUCAGUCCAAGACGUGGCUGUGGCCUUAAACACAAGGAAGCUGUGGAGCAUGCACAUACGGGUGCAGUGGAAAGUGUUUUCCGAGGCGCUGCGGUGUGUGUGUGCCACCAGCUGCCCUCCUCUCCUGGCCAUGCUGAGGAGGAUGUGUGUUCAGCUGGCGGACCUGUCCUCACCCACUGCGACUCUCAUCAUGAAGACUGUUCUGGAGCUGCUGCUGGAGGAGCUGCAGCCGGCGGAGGGGAAGAGCGUAUGCUGGGGCCAGGUCCUGCGCCUGCUUUCUUUGAUGGACGCUCUGGUGUCACAGAAAGCGUGUAAGAGCGCAGCGCUGCACCUGCUGUCUGGCUCUGUGUCCGGAGAUGAACAGCUGGCCGAACUGUUCCCCUCGCUGCUGUCUCUGUUGGUUCCUCCAGCUGAGCACUCCUUACAGCAGCAACAAUGCAGCGAACUAGUGGGGACAAUAUUACAGUCACUGUGUGACCAGGACAUUUCUCUGAUGGUUUCUCCGCCUGGUGAGAGCUGCAUGUCCGAGGCUGAGCAGCUAGCCAAUGCACUUCCUGGGCGAGAGAUGAUGACAUUGGUGUGCAACGCCUUGUUGGAGGUUUUGGGAAAUUCAGAGAGCAGCGUCCCACUUCUCCUCACCUGUAUCAGGACUCUGACAUUCCUCACCGAGCACGAUUAUGGACUCUACCACCUCAAAGUUGCUCUGAAGAAACAUGGUAGUGGUCUGUGCUCACUGUUGAAGAGGUUGGUGUUUGCUUUCAACAAGGACUCAGCAGAUCUGCUCUCAGCUCUGCUUGACUUCCUCAGACAGAUCGUCACCACGGAAACAAUGUGUGUAGAUGAGGCGCAGGGGUCCGGCGAGGAGCCUGCCUUCACUUCUCCACGGUUGCUGUCGGGCUCUGAGAUGAAAGCGCUUCUGCAGUGGGAGGAGUCCGAGUCCCAUCCGCUCCCUACUUUAGAGAAACAGAUUACGAAACUGUGUAAGGAGGAUGACUCACUGGAGACGAUGUUGGAGACUGUGAUUGUUCUGAGGCAGACGCUGGAGACGGCCACAGACACGCCUCCUGCAGUUGACACCGAGCCGACCCUGCCACCACCUGAGACGCUCGGGGCCCAGUUUAAUCACAGGUACA